CGAUGUCCGAGUUUCCAUGAACGCCUCACUGUCAGCACUGGACCACGCUAGGAGUCCCCUGGCAGUGGAGGCUCUGAGACCGUUUUCCGCCAUCAGGAAGUCCAGCCUGUUGUGAUGACGUCAUGGCUCUGAAGCUGAUCCAGAGAUUACCAGUGCUUGGGCAGUUCGGGAUCCAACGUUACCGUCCUGGACCCAUCUGCCCCCCUAGGUUCCUGAGCUCCAGCAGGUUGGAUCAGUCAGUAUGUGUAGCCUGCCUGUGUACCUCAGCUGGCGCCUGCAUCCGGACGCAGGGCUGCAGGAAGCUCCAGCUGGACAGUGGGAAGAGGACCCUGACCACCAACAUCAUCAAGGAGCCGUCCUUCGUGGCAUCCAGCUCUGUUGGACUCCACAGAGACUCAGGGCCUCGCUUUCACCUGACCCAGCUGCACAGACCUACAGAUGCAGAGGAGGAGUCUUUCCAGCAGCAUCUAGGAACCUGCUCCUCAUCCCGGCAGGUGUUCUCUCUGCUGCGCUCAGUGGAGAUCAUGUCUGACACCAUGGCUGCAGCAGCACUCCACCGUGUUGCAGACCUGGAGCAGGCAGGGAACUCUCUAAAGGAUCCUUCUGUUCUGGAGAAAGACACCAUCAGAGCUCUGUGCUUCCAGCUGGAGCAGGACUCUAGGCGGCUGACGGAUGCAGGGGUGGUAUCAGCUCUCCGGGCUUGCACUCGCCUCUUCUUGGAUCCUUGGAGCACUUUUAUGGUGCGGCUGGUGUCGGAGAGCCAGGAGAGGUUAGACAGAGGGAAGAUGAGCGUGGGUCAGCUCUGUACCCUGGGUCAGGCUAUGCUGGCUAUAGAGGGUCCUGACUGUGUGAUGAUGGAGCAGGUGAUGGAGCAAAUCCAAAAAGGGAAACCAGCCGAGUGGAGCCUUGCAGAUCUCAUUGCUGUGUAUAGAUUUCUGCAAGGUGGUGUAGCUAAAGAUGGAAAAUACAGGGACCUGUUGAACUCCAUGCACACACAUGCUGUGACUGUCGCCUCCCGCAUGGAUGCAAGUGCUGUCAGCGAGCUGCUCAAUGCUCUUGUUACCCUGAAUCAGAUGCAAGCCAUGCCGCUUGUGAUCAAUCUGUGUAAGCAGGCUGUUCGGCUUGUACCUCACUUCACUGAUGAGGAGCUCACUGUUGUUCUUGGCGCCCUCAUGCACUUUGGUCAUAGCGAUCAGUACUUUGUGGAUGCCAUGGAGAGGUACGUACCUACAAUGGUCUUCACCUCCCACCCAGAGACAGUAACCAAAGUGAGCCAGUUCUUCAGCCGGAGGAACAUCCUCUCCCCACCUGUGUUUGACGCUAUUGCGGAGAGUUUUGUUUACCGGGCAGAUGACUACAACACCAGUCAGGUGGCGAGGCAGAUCAUGGCUUUAGGAAAGCUUGGGUACCUUCCUCCGAACGCGGGCGAUGUCUUCAGGAAAGUGGAGAAGAUCCUGCACUCCCGCUUUUCACACUUCCAGCCUAGAACACUCCUCAACCUGCUGCACUCCUGCACCCUGGUGGAGAGGUUCCCUGUGAACUUUGUGGCCAAAGUUUUCAGCAGUUACUUCCUCCAGCAACUGCAAGAUCAGGACACAGGAAUGGACCGGAUCGUCCUGGCACAGCUGACCCAGCUCUUCAUGACACUGAAGCUGGAGUGUCCUUUCUAUGAGGGUCCCAAACUUCUCAGCAAAUACCGUGUCAAGUCUUUCCUCAUGCCAGGACGCUCCCUGGAGACGCCGGUGGACGUACAGCUGUACAACAUCGUCAUAACUGGACUGGUGGAUUUACUCGGGGCGCGCUCAUACUUUGGGUCUAAAGUUCUGACGCCGUACUGCUACACACUCGAUGUGGAGAUCAAACUUGAUGAAGAAGGAUUUGUGCUGCCAGCCAGUCAGGUUGAUGAUGUUUACAAAAGGAUUGCUCUUUGUAUUGACGGACGGAAGAGGUUCACUACAAACAAGAGGCAGCUGCUUGGAAAAGAGGCCAUCAAGCAGCGACACCUGAAGCUUCUGGGAUAUGAAGUUGUUCAGGUACCGUUCUAUGAAUUUGAAGCCCUGCAGAGCAGAAACAGUGUUGUGGAUUUUCUGCAUCAGAAACUCUUCCCUCACACUUACAGACUGAGCUGGUGAUAAAAUGAUUGUGCCAUCUUUGCUUUUCUUCAGCUUCUUUAAAGAAAUUGCAUUUAUUUUUCUAGAAUUUCUAAAUAAAUGUGUUUAAGUUAUUGAUUACGCACUUUCACCUGUUUAACUUGACAAUAAAGUACUUUUUUUCUA